UAAAUUAGCAUGUAUAUAAUAUGGUAUAUAAAUAAACAAAUUUGUCUUGUGUUUUUAGGACAGAUACUAUAACAUUUUUGAGGGUGGGGUUUAAGAGGCUUGUGGUUAAUUUCAUCGGAUGGGAGUUUCAUAUUCAACUAAAUUUCUUUAAACUGGUUUAUCAUCAUACACAUUAUUAACAGUGUUUUCUCUUCCUGACUUUACAUCACAACACUGUCAGAUUGAUGUUGUGUUGUUAUUUCAGACAUCUGAACUGUUGAAGAAAAUGUUUCUCAUGUUUUUUUCUCUCUCUUUGUGCUUCACUUCUCUGGUUGGUGUGUUUGGUGAUGAAGUGAAGUCAGUGUCUGUGAUGGAGGGAGAUUCUCUUACUCUACACACUGAUACUGAAAUACUGAGUGCUCAUCAGAUACUGUGGAGGUUUGAAACUGAUGGGACUCUCAUAGCUAAAAUCAAUAAAGACACCAAUAAGACCUCAAUAUAUGAUGAUGUUCUUGAUGGGAGAUUCAGAGACAGACUGCAGGUGAAUAAUCAGACUGGAGAUCUCACCAUCACAAACAUCACAACUCAACACACUGGACUUUAUCAACUGACCAUCAGCAGCAGACAGACGACCUCACACACAUUCAAAGUUACUGUCUACGCGCGUCCGCCCGUUCCUGAUAUCAGAGCUCUCACCUUAAUUGUGAUCUGUUGUGCUGUUGUUGGAUCUCUGAUGAUUGUAGCGUCAGUUCUGACCUUCUGGAUCUGGAAACUCAGAAACACAUUGCAACUGGUUCAAACCAGAGAAGAGGAAAUCACUUAUGCGGAUCCAAUAUUCUCUAAAAGAGCAGCAAAUAAACCGGGAUCUGAGAAUGAGGUGGUGUAUGCAAGAGUAAAUAGAUGAUAAACAAACUCUCUGUGAUUCUCAGAUCAACUUUCAGAUCUAUGAUCAUCUUCAGUUUCUGUUAGAACUUCAGUGUCUCAGUGUUUGUGAGUUUAAAAAGUUUCUCAUGAACAGAGUUUUGUAUAAUAUUACAUAAAGGGAUUAUUACAUUUGAGACGUCUGUCUUCUCUCUCACUUAAAGAUCUGUUACUCCUCCAUCACAUUCACAAGGUUAAACCUCAUGUUAACAUCCAAAAAUGCAACUAUAGGACAAUUAAAUAACAUUGAUAGACAGCAUUUUAAAGAAAGAUUAAACUGUAAAACAUUAUCAGAAACACUGUGAUCUAAAUUUAAAUUAAUUACUAAGAGUGUAGAUAUGACCUAAGAGUCAUAGUGGUUUUAAAACACAAAGCAUGACUUUUUUAUUUUUGUCACUGUAUGCAUGUGACACUUUAAGAGCUUCACUUCUGAGUUGACGUUAACCCUGAUGUAGAAAGAAAUGUGGUUUUGUUCUGUUGGUGGACAUGAGAGAUGUGCUUGUGGUAGACUAUUAGUAGCUGUUUAUGUGUAUGUGAGAGGUGAGAGUCAGCUCACUUGACUCUCGUGCUCUCUGUAAGACCUUCUCUGAUCUUCUUUGUGCACCCGCCCCAAUGACGAUUUGGAUUUUUUUGUGAAGUUCUCUGCGCCGCCCCCUCUUGCACAUGUUCAAACUCUUGAUACAUGUUCGCUUCCCUCUUUUUCUCCCUUAUCUGCAUCGAAUGUUUCAAAGAUCUUUGCUUCUAACAACCCAACUACCUGCCUGUUAGAUUCCAUACCAACCCAUCUCCUUCAGGCCAUUUCCCCAUUGAUUAUUGCUGCUCUCAUGCACAUUAUUACAUUAUCACUUUCCACUGGUACAUUCCCCACUGAUAACCCUGCUACUAAAAAGCCCACACUUAAUCCUGCAAUGUUAGAGAACUACAGACCCAUAUCUCUCCUUCCCUUUAUUGUCAAGACACUUGAAGGUGUAUUUUUGACCAGCUCUCCUCCUUCUGCACACAAAAUCACCUCCUGAACAGCAACCAGUCUGGUUUCAAGAGUGGUCACUCUCCUGAAACUGCACUGAUCUCAGUCAUUGAAGCCCUAAGGCAGGCAAGGGCGGCCUCCAAAUCAUUUGUACUGAUCCUACUGGAUCUAUCUGCCACUUUUGACACUGUCAAUCUCCACAUCCUCUUGUUGACCCUGAAGGCUAUGGUUGUCUUUGGUACAGCGCAACUGUGGUUCAGGUCUUCCCUCUCAGGUAGGUCAUUUAGAGUAUCCUGGAAGGGUGACGUCUCAGAACCCCAAUGUCUCAGUACUGGGGUACCUCAAGGCUCAGUGCACGGACCACUGCUCUUUUCUAUAUACAUGACAUCAUUGGGUUCUCUGUCAUUCAGAAACAUGGCUUUUCUUACCACUGCUAUGUGGAUGACACACAAAUACACCUGAUCAGGUUAGUUUCACAGAGCAUGUUGCCAGCACUGCCCGCUCUAGUAGAUUCAUCCUUAACAGACCUUAGACCUAAAUAAAGUACUGAACCCAUCAAGACUAAUAAAUAAAAGAUUCAAUCAAAGUGAUAACUGUGAGGUAUUACUUUAAGACUCAUAUUUAAAGACAUGUUUAUGAUUUAUGUUUUUUAAAUUCUUCCCAAACUGUGGGCAAUAGCGCUACUGCAGUGGGCCAUAUUCUGGACUAGAGAUUCGCCGAUAUAUCUGUUUUCCAAAAUUUUCUCAGAUAUUUGAGCAUUUUCCCAUUAUCGGUAUCGGUUUUGUAAAAAAGGAUUGACCAAUAAACACAGCCAUUGUGCAUGCUGGACUGCCAUUUCAUUACAGCAUCCGAGAAGAGGACACAACAACAAAAACUACAACAAUGUGCACAGCAAAUAUGACGGCAGAAUGACACGACUUCCUUAAGAAAACUUUGAGUAUACUUAAUUUGCCUUAAUUAAUCAAUUUUAUUUAACUUCCCAGCUAUUAAUGUACAGAUGAAAUGUGUUAUAUUCGCUUGAUAUGCACUGUUUGCAGCUAGUCUAAGAACUCCCGAAGUCACAUAAGUUAGACUGAUCCAUCAAAUUCUGUCCCAAUAACGACGUAGAUUUACAUGAAUGAAACAGCCAUGAAUGAAUGCGUGUGGGAAACAAAAACGCUGAAUUAAAUACGUUCUCUGUUACUUAUGCUCAUCAUUAGCCUUGCAAAAUCACUUUCAUAUUGCUGUUCACUCACCAAGUGCCACCACAUGUAGCUAAUUUUAAACAAGAUUUACCCUAAGUUAUAUUAACAUUUACAAGAUAAACAUUAUUUCUCUAAAACAUCUAAAUAAAGAUCUGUGGAAAUUAAUUAAUUAAUUAUUUUCUCCGCAAGCUAUCACAGUUUGAUACAGUUAAUGCAUGUGUAAAUGCAUACAGUAGAUAAACAGCGCUUUGUCAACAGCUAUUAUAUAAG